CGCCCCCCUCACUCCUCCAUCCCCUAGCUCGCUCGCCUAUCCUCUCCACCUCCUCAGCCACACCUAGAGCAUCUUAGCUCCGGCUAGGUAGCUAGCAAUGGCCGCCGCACUGAGCCUCCGCGCGCCCUUCUCCCUGCGCGCCGUGGCGCCACCGGCGCCCCGCGUGGCCCUCGCGCCCGCGGCCCUCAGCCUCGCCGCCGCCAAGCAGGUGCGGGGAGCCAGGCUCCGCGCCCAGGCGACGUACAAGGUGAAGCUGGUGACGCCCGAGGGCGAGGUGGAGCUGGAGGUCCCCGAUGACGUCUACAUCCUCGACCAGGCCGAGGAGGAGGGGAUCGACCUGCCCUACUCCUGCCGCGCCGGCUCCUGCUCCUCCUGCGCCGGCAAGUUGGUGUCCGGCGAGAUCGACCAGUCCGACCAGAGCUUCCUCGACGACGACCAGAUGGAGGCAGGGUGGGUGCUCACCUGCCACGCCUACCCCAAGUCCGACAUCGUCAUCGAGACCCACAAGGAGGAGGAGCUCACCGCAUAAGCUGCUUUACCUAUCUCUCUUUGCAAGAUAAUAUCACGGACCCUGAGACCUGUGUAAACCCUGAGAGCUGAUUUCAUGCAUGCACGGACAUUGCCAGAUACACCGAAUUGUUUGUGCUCGAAUGAAUUGCUCGAUGCAUGGUUUGCUCAAGUAAUAAUGUCUUCGAAUUACUACCUUUUUGUACCGUAAGAUAUACUACUGCCGUAAUACUAGCGUGUACCUUGUACGUAACUCGACGUACUGAAAUGAAUCCUGAUGGCUGAGGCGUCUCUCUGAUUAAUAAUAUCUUCUCUUUAAUUAA